UGGGAAACGCAUAAAAAAUGUACAUGAGAGUGGCACAUGCUUGGUGCCUCUAGACGCGUAGUUGGAUUCAUUCCUCGGAGGUUACGAUCAGUGCGGCAAUUGCAUGGAGAUGGGGAUGGCGAUGGCGAUGGCGAAGAAGCUCUACGUUUCUACAAGAGCAGAGGCCAACACAUUUUCAUCAACCCUCGAAUUCUGGACACCAUCUUUCGGAGAUCCGCGAUAAACCCCACCGACACGGUCCUCGAAAUCGGACCCGGCACCGGCAACCUCACCCUCAAGCUUCUCGAAGCCGCGCACAAGGUCGUAGCUAUCGAGAUCGACCACCGCAUGGUCCAGGUUCUCGAGAAGCGCGUCCUCCAACGCGGCCUCCAAGACAAGCUCAGGGUUAUAGAAAGAGAUGCAAUGAGAGCCCCGUUCCCGCGGUUUGAUCUUGUUGUGGCCAACAUUCCUUACCGGAUAUCUUCCCCUCUCGUGAUUAAACUGGUGUAUGGAGCGACGCCGUUUAGGAGUGCCACGCUUCUGCUUCAGAAAGAGUUCGCUCGGAGGUUACUGACUUGCCCCGGUGACUCCGGUGGGUUUAACCGGUUGUCGGCGAAUGUGAAGCUUGUGGCUGACGUGGAGCUUGUGAUGGACGUAAGCAAGAGGGACUUUCUCCCUUCUCCUAAAGUUGACUCUUCUGUGGUCAUAAUCCGCCCCAAGCCUCAAAUUCCCAAUGUGGAUCUCCAUGAGUGGAGGGCUUUCACCCGGACUUGUUUUAGUAGUAACAGGAACAAGACACUUGGGGCAUUGUUUAAGCUCAAGGGGAAAGUUUUUGAGUUGUUCAAAAUCUCCAAUGGAAAUGAUGAAUGUUCUCCCCACAAGGGUGAUGAGGCUCAAGAUGAACGAGGGUUGGCCUUGUUCAAGGAAAAGAUUAUUGGAGUGGUUACAUCGGGUGGGUUUGAAGAUAAAAGGCCUGCAAAACUUUCUCUCCAGGAGCUUCUGCAUUUGCUCUCUUUGUUCAAUCAAGCUGGCAUUUAUUUUAAUCACCGUGGACGUCACAAGAUUGAAGAUACGUUUGACACCGAUGAUGAAUAGUGCACCCUGCUGAGAUGCUUAUCAACUGCUUUGUGUAUAACAUCAUCAUCGGUUUGUUUUUUCACUAGAAAGCAAGCAUCCUUGAUUUGAUGAUAUUUUGAGAAAAAGUAAUGCACACCAAAGCAAAAGUGAGAGUAUGAAAAUGAGAAGAGUUCACUCUAACCAUUAAAUCUUGCUUGGUUGGUCAAGAUUGAUUUUACUUAAAUAAAACAUCAAUGUGAGAUUGAAUGACCAAAAUCAGUUCUUUUUAUGCUCUCACUUGAUACACCCUCUAUGUAUAUGUAUUGAAAAGAUGCAUCCUGAUGGCUGCAUUGGCAAAGGCCAGAAGCUGCAUAAUGAAUUCAUGGUACAGUAAAUGAUAGUUAUCAAAUUUGCCAGUGGUUGUUUCCAAAUGGCAAUAUUUUAGAAGCAAAUAAAAGAUUCAUUAGGUUUGCCAUAGGGUUCAAUUGUAGUUUUUAUAGAACAAGUUGAAGCUAACUCUUGGCAUCCUAGUGCUAAAGAACGAUGUUCUAUUGUACCUGUAGGAUUUAAGUUGUAGAAAAUCAAAGCGUGCAUGUUACUUUUCUGGUUUAAAUACUUUGAUAGAAAAUCAACUUUUUAUGCCAACUAUUAAUCUAUUA